AUGUACUACACGGACCGCGCGACGCAAUCAGGCCAACCUUUGUACCGCGCGUUCUGCAAGAUUUGCGGCUCCAAGAUCUCCGCGACCACACCCCUAAACGAAGACAUCAUCAGUGUGCCGGCGGGGAUUCUCGACGAGGCGGGCCUGGAAUGGGUUCCGCAGAAGGAACAGUUCUGCACCUCAAAGGCCGCCUGGGUGCCGGAGUUUGCGAGAGAUCUCGUCGCUCAGAGGUUUGUGAAGGGCCCUUUUGGAGAGGAAGUCCGGGAGGGCCAUGGGAUGCGGGAUGGGAAGGGGAGAGGUAAGAUGUAG